AUGUUCAUCGUACUCCACCGUUCUUCUUCGACUGGUUCUCUACCAGUACCAGCUUCCUCAAUUGGUUUUGAUGGGUUUGUUGCCACUGACGUAAAGUCUCCAUCAAACCAAAACUCAGGCCAAAACCCACAUGUUAAGGGUUUGGUCGGAUUAGAACCUCCAAAGAUUGAUGCUCUUGUGGAAAGUGUAACUCAAGUUGAGAACUACAAAGAUGUAAGAGGAGAAGCUGUUAAUGAAGUCUCUACUGCCUCAGCUGUUCAUGUUGAUUCAAUCAUCGUGCAAAACCUAGUCACUGUUGAGGGUUCUUCUACUACAGAAAAUAUUCAAAAUUCUGAUAACUAUCAUCCCCAUCUCACUGGCCUUCUCUUUCUGUUAGCCAAAGUCGCUCUGCAAACAAACAUACUAGAACCUCAAUUGGCAAACAGAGUUACUAACAAAGCUCUGGUCAAACCAAAGCCCCCUGCUCCUGAAGUAAAUAAAGAUGGUAAUCUUCGAUUCUCUUGGGCUGAGAAGAUGAACCCAUCUACCAGGAAUCUCUACAAAACAACAUCUCCCACGUACCUGGAAGAUGGUACUCCUGUGGUAACAAUCCCGAGCAAACUUCUCCUUCAUGGUCCUGAAAAUCAGAAAGAGUACAUUAUUGGACAGUUCCAUCGUUGUUCCACUCCGUCAGGUGGGCUCGUAAAUGCUGUAGUUAAUAGGAUUUGGGGUAAGAAAUGCAGAAUCUUUUCUAAGAAACUAGGAAUAAGCCGAAUUGCCUCUGCCCUGGGAGCUCCAAUGCUGACAAACAGACCUAGACUUGAUCCUACUCUAAUGGGUGAGACAAAAAUCUUGGUGGAAGUUGAAUUGAACAAACAAUUCCCGCAGAAGAUCGCUUUGAAUGACAAAAGAGGUACUAUAUCAUUGGUUGAUGUAGAGUAUUCAUGGAUCCCAACUAUGUGUGGUAUUUGUGGACACUUAGGCCAUAAAGACUCGAGAUGUCUGCAAAAAUUUGCUCAGCCUAGGAACAAUACUAAUUCAUCUACAGAUCAAGUGGGAGCUUCGCUUGCUUCUGCAAGUGUUUAUCCUUCUGUUUCUGUCUCUAAAGUUAAUCCAGAUGGUACAAGUAUUUCUGCUUCUGUUACUGUGGCAAGGAUUGAUUCAGCCACUAUUCCAACAGUCUCUACUCCAGUUGCUGCCCUUGCGUCAGUCAUAGGAACUCAUGUUGUUGCCGUUGCAUCAGUUACAGAACAUGUCCCUGCUUCAAUGGCUCCUUCACCUGCUGUGAAUAUUGGUUUAGUCCAUGUCCCACCCACUCCAGUCUCCACCACAGUCAUUGAAGCCAUGGAAGCAUUACCUACUACAUCAGUUGCUACUUUAAAGUCUACAUCAGUAUCUGAUGGCCAAGUACUAGCCUCUUCACCUUCAUCCUUUGUUGAGAUCCUCCCAACAACUACUGAGUCAGAACCAACUACUCCAGCCACCAUCUUUAAAGCAACAGUAGCAGCCACUCCUCCUAGCAAAUCAGUCUUGUCUGAAGAUGCUCCGCUUAAUACAGACACUGCAACUACUUUGGAAGAUUUUCCGGCCACUGAGAGUUUUUUCUUAACGCCCCCACCUGAAGCUUCAAGUGAAAUUCCACCACCCACUUUUGGAGGUUUGCCUUUUACUCCUUUCACAGGAUUACAACUGCUUGGGGAUCAAGUAGAAUUUAGAGAAGGAGUAAUCUUGAUAGUCAAGGAAAACGAAUAG